AUGUCUCUUAUGGGCAUUAUCUUCCCAGUUGAAUUGAUAGAGAGAAAGAAAGAAAGGAAGAAAGAAAGAAAGAAAGAAAGAAAGAAAGAAAGAAAGAAAGAAAGAAAGAAAGAAAGAAAGAGUAAUGAAGAAUUGGGUGGAGAGGGGAGAAGAGUAGAGGUGAGGAGAGGAGGGGAGAAGGAAAUGAUAUGUUUGAGGACGUAA